ACUUGUGAAACAUAGCCUAGAUGUCUAUGAUUCGUUCAGAUUUGGUCUAUUCCGGACCAACCAAAUGUGUACUUGUGUAGGGGCGGAACACAUUAGAAUAAUACCCAGCAUGCUUUGCAAGUGUUUGUUUUUACAUUUACAUUUUGGUCAUUCAGCAGACACUCUUAUGCAGAGCAACUUACAGCGAGUGCAUACAACUAAGGUAGGUAAAACAACAACAUAUCAGUCAUAACAACAUACAAAUAUUUUUGUAACCGUUACUGAGAAUGCUACUGUAGUUGAAGUGAUCUGUUGGUUUAUUUUAUAUGCUUGAACAUGAAUGUCAUUACUGUCAGUUUUAAGGUUUUACAAAAUGCUGACAUAAGUGCAUGUGACACUUAUACAAUAAGAAAUACUCUAUGUUUCAAUCUUCAGUGAUAUUACAAGGAUAAACAUUUUUUAUUGUGAUUUACUGCUUCAUAGAGAACAUAUAUGCAAUAGAAUCAAUGACCAGAACAUUUUUAUUUUGCUUACUGGGUAGUCAUUGAAUACUGAUGUCUAUAUUAUUGCAAAACAUAUUCUACAAUAAGCAGAAUCCUUGGCCUCAGUUUUAUGCAGAGGAAUUAAAAGAAACAUUCUGAAUAUUCUUAACUCCAUUAAGACAAAAACCUGAAUAAUUCAAGAGCAGUUAUGACUGAGGGAGUAAAGAUAACUGCCAGGUACUGCAAAUGGGAAAAUAUAUUUCGUUUCACUUUCCUCUCAGCUCUGUGGUGACACCAUACUCUCCAAAGAGAGCUCUGCUCGAGCUCCCUGAGGCGUGUCCAAUGUGUAAUUAACAUCUACAUUGUGCCUAAUUUCUCUGUCAUGUCUAAACUCACCUUGGUGUGAAAACAGUUUAACCGCCCUUCUCAGCUCACCUAUGUCAAAAGUAAUGUAUUACACUGUGUUUAAUUUACACAUCAUUUUAGUGUUUACAUGGUGUGUCACAUAAACUGGAAAAGGGGGUGUAAUUAUUGCUUCAUUAUGAAAAUUAUGUAAUAUUCAAUAUUUGUUUUGGAAAGUUUGGACAUACAAAUCACUCAUAUUAGGUCACAAAAAAAUUAUGACAUUAGUACAUAAUCAAUUUGAUAUAGGGAAGACUAAAAUCAACUAAAUUGGGAAAUACCUUAACUUAUCCAACUAGCAGUGUUUACUGUCAAGUGCAUGCGGCUCUGUGGAAACAUUCCAAAUGUUAACAGGAGGGGUUAACCUGGAUUCAAUGUCAAAUUGAUGACGUUGAAGAUGUAUCGAGAUUUGCACAGUUGGGAAGUCCAAUCAAAUGUGGUGUGGUCUGCUGUCUCAAGGUAGGGCAGGUAGGCUACAGGCUGUGGUGUGAGCAAACAUAUCCUACAACAGUAAGUGUCUCACAAGCCAGUGCGCCUCGCCUCUGUUCUCCGAAACAACUCUGUCAAACGUCAGAGAACAGCUGAGAGCUUAACGUUUCAAAAGUCUGGCGGUUUCAAAAGUCUCCUCUCCCUGCUCAGAGGAAACGGAACGGUGCGCUUCUACAACGUGAACAACUUUUAAAGUGGGAAAUACAGCACUGCAACACACUGCAACAGCGUGGAAGGCAUUUGUCAUAGAUGUCCACUCACUUGGAAAGAGGCCUACAGAUAGAGAAGACCAAACGUAAUGCGCUGAAACUCGAAUUUGAUGAGGAGAUUGAUGUGGAGAGUCUUGACGGAUGCCUGCCUGAGGUGCGGCACGGCGGCGCGGAGAAAGGAGCGAAGGUGGCCGCGGAGCAGACGGCGAUGCAGCGCAAAAUGACCCGCAGCCCCAAAUGCGCCCGCUGUCGGAACCACGGCGUCGUGUCUUGUCUCAAAGGCCACAAGCGCUUCUGUCGCUGGCGUGACUGCCAGUGCGCGAACUGUAUGCUCGUGGUGGAGCGGCAGCGGGUGAUGGCUGCGCAAGUUGCCCUGCGGAGACAACAGGCGACAGAGGGUAAGAAAGGGGUCAGGGGAGCAGCUGCACCGUUCCGUCGCACCGCUUAUCAGCGCUACACCAGAGCACCUAGCAUCUUAGCAAAGAGUAUCCUAGAGGGGUACAAACUCCCUGUGGCGGAGGACGGCCCCUGGUCCAAGCGACGUCACUUCCCCUCUGUCAGUGCCAGGAUGAGGAAGAGGAGGGCAUUUGCUGAUAAGGAGCUGGAGAGUGUGAUGCUGGAGAGAGAGCUGAGACAGAGAGAGCUGGAGGACAUAUCAGGUCUCACCCUGCUUCACCACCCGGCCCUGGCAGUGAUGCCCGCCUCCCCCCACCACUGCUGCCCACUCAAGGACCCUGGGGCAUCCGCCUACGCGCCUGUGUACAAAUACAAACCGGGCCCUGUGCUGUAUGAGUGUGACUUCCACUGCUACCAGGAAGAGCUCAAGGCCAGAUCAGCAGAUAGUGGUUAUGAUUAUGGUCAGUUCAUGUCAAAGUGUAACUCUAAUUCUGGGGUUCUGGAACACAUGGAGCGAGCCAGGGAGAGAGCACUGGAGAGCUGGGAGUGUUCCGGGAAAAGGGAGAGCUGUCAAGAGCCGUUACUCCUGCCCUCACUACAACUCCAACAGUGGGGGAGUAGUUAUUCUGAUGGCUCAGCUGAUCUGGACAAGGAUAAGGCCGUGCCAAAAUGGGUCAAAGACGAUCCAACAGUUCCAAUGGCCAUCAUGCCAAAAACAGCCGUCACACACUCUGACUCUCCCUCUGAGCCAAAGCAUGUGUUUCGGGGAGAGGUAGAACCCUACAAACCCAGCAGGUUCCCAGAGCCUCACUUCCUCACACCCAAGGACUGGUCAGCAGGGGGGACUAGGCAUCAUGACAAACCUCAGAUCAACUCAAUGAAACCCACAGUGGUGAGGCGGCCAUUACCGUUCUCAGUGGAGGCAUUGCUGAGGGCCUGAGGAACUCAUGUCCAUAAGUGUAUUUUCUAUAACAACACUGGUUACUGUAAAAUGCAUAACUAGUGAAAUACUGUAUUUAAGAAAAUAUGUGUACCCAAAUCUAUUUCAGUAUUUAGUAAAAAGAAAUGUGCUCAGCAUUUUUCAAAGGAUUGUAAGAUAUUGUAUUUUUAGAGCACAAGAUACAUGUAUACAGUGGGAUCUGAAAUUAUUGACACCCUUGAUAAAGAUGAGCAAUAGUGACUGUUGUAUAAAGUAAAUAAUUAAAAUACUGGGCUAUAAUGUGCCUUCAGAAAGUGUUCAUACCCAUACCCCUUGACUUUUUCCACAUUUUGUUGUGUUACAGCCUGA